GGCAAUGCGUAUAAUGUUUCUUUAACAUUACCUGUGUUGUGUUGUUUUAUGUUAUUCUGACCAAAUCUCAAUUCAAAUUCUACGAAUUCAAUUCGAAUAAAUUUACAGAUCUCUUUAAUCCGAUAGGUGCUUGUUUUUCAUCACGACACAAAAACCUACCGCGGAGAGGAAGAUAUUUGAGGUGUUUCUGCAUAAGCGGUGGGUAAGAUCAAAGAGACGACAGGAUAUAAGAUUCUGGCAGCAAUGUCUGGAUCUACCGGUGAUAGUGGCAAGUUUGGGGACAAGUUGGAGGAACUGGACUUGACUGCCGAUGAGAUCCACAGACUGACGGAGGCGAUGAAGAAGAAGGAAUUCAGAGAUCUGUUGGCAGAGUACGCCAAGGAGAUACAGGAUCCAGAGAACAAGAAGCGUUACGAGGAGGAGAUCAAACUGAUGGAGGGUGAAAGGGGAGUGGACGUGAAGUUCAUCAGUCCCACCCCGGGUCACGUGAUCAAGACUGUGCAAAAUGGGGACACCAAGUGCUUCGUCAACAUAUGCUACUCAAACACAAUAGACACCGCCACAUGUACUAAGUCACCACAGAACAAAGGCGAGCACUGGUCCAUUCCAUACAGCACAGCUGCAGGCCGGGAAGACGUGGACAAAGCAGGCAGCAAGUGCGUAGUGUACGAUUGUGUAUUUCACGAGGAUACUUACAAGAGGGGUCUGAGAGACAGCAGAUUCAAGAAACUCAUCCACGACACAGCCUUGCAGGGGAUAGAGAGUCAAUUGAAUGUGCAGUUGGACAAAGUCAACCUCAAGUUCCCCAAGCUCAAGUUCAAAGGCGUUGUACAACCUACUAUGAUUAGAAGGAAGAAAGAAGACGAUGGCUCUGGUGACCAUCAGAACAACCAAGCCGUUACUUCGAAUGGCACCGAAAACGAAGGCAAGAGCGAGCUGCAGGAACAAAUAAAAGAAAAACUGAAGUUUCCUUUCCCAUACCCGGUCCCAGGAGAAGAAUCGAACGAAAGCAAAUAUCAACAAAAUACGAUGAAAAAUAAUUCAGUUCCAAAGGGUGGUUCUGAAAAUUUGAAGAGAAAAGGGGUAAAAGUUGAAGUUGAAGAUUGUGUUGAGUUUGAGGGCAAAGUGUACACAGUUCCAAAUUACACUAUAGUACAUAGAGGGUACAGCGACAUGCAAAACUCAGUCGAACUGCCGGAUUCAAAACUACAUGUGACGAGACCAAAAGAACUGGUCGUUCAAAUCACGCUGCCCUUACUCAACAGCGCCAAAACUGUUUCGUUAGAUGUGUUGCGGAAACAGUUGGUGUUGCAUUGCGAAACACCAGCGUGCUACCGGUUGGAUAUUGCGUUGCCGUACCCAGUCGAGGAGGAGAAAGGCUCGGCUCGAUUUGACAAGAUGAAAAAGAAACUAAUCGUAACUUUGCCAGUAGUACCACCAGAAACUUCAGCGGCGGUUUCGAUUCCAAUUGAGGAACAAAGUUCGUCGCCACAGAAAUCUGCCGCACUAGUAAAAGAAAUAGUUCCUGAAAAGAGUUCUGAUAAUGAAAGAGCGGAGAAAUCACCGACGGAAUCGGUUGAAGAAACCUCGCAGAAUGAAGCCGUCUCAAUAGACGAACUACCGGAAGCCGAUCAGGCUGUUCGAAGCUUGAAGACAAAAGCAAAAGAUUCGCAGGAUUCUGAGGAUAGUGCAAAAGGAAAAGCUACAGCGAAGAAGCAUAAUCUGAGUAAAGAUUGUGAAAAGUACUUUGAAAAUUGGCCCUCGAGUGAAUUGAAAAUUCCAGAGGAUCUCGAACGUCAGCUGGACGCUUUGCCCGAUGGUUGGUUUAAAAAAGUGAACCCAAAAUCAUCCAGGACUUCGAAAAACGUGAAAACUUUUCCGGCGGAUCCCUUUUUGUAUGAAGUCGAUGUUCCGAAGUAUAAAGUAACGCAACGAGUGGAUAAUUUGACAAUGAUUUUGCAGGAAAAGCGAAUAAGAAGCAAUUUGCUAGAAGUAAAGCCGUUUAAAAAUGACAACGGGUUGCACAUACGAUUGUGUUCAGUUGGGGAAAACGAUUGCAACAAGUGGUUUUACAUGUACGUUGAGUUCGACGCAGAAUCGAAAUGCGCCAUUGAUCGAGAUUCGAUAAAAACGGACGUGAACGAACUGAAUUGCGUUAUUUUGAUGGACAAAGCGGAACAUUGUAGGAAAGUGUGGCCGUUUUUAAAAGUAGGACCUUGUAAAGAUACACUUAAGAUUGAAUAUUUGGACCUAGAAGCGAAAGUUGAAAAAAUGAACGAAGACUUAUUUGCUAACUACCAUUCGCCCCAUUUGCCAAUGCAUGUCGUUGAUCCAAUUUGCACGCCUGAGCAGAUGACCUUGACUUUAAGACCUGGCAGAGAUCCAAAAGAUGAACAAAAUAGUGACAACGAGGAACUAUGUCAAAGCCAAAACUGUUCGGGAAAAGACAGUGAACGUUUAAGUAGAAAGAGUGAAAAGGUUCAAAAAUAUUCUAAAACAGCGGAGGAAAUAUCAGCUCUGAUUCAGGCUGGUAAAUUAGACGAUGCAAUUGCAAAAGAACUUGAAAUGGAGCAGAAAAAAGAGUCAGACCAAUCAGCGAUGAGCAAAGAUGACGUCACGAGUUGCACUGCCAAGUUUGAUCACGUGGUCGAUAUAAUUGAAGAUGGAAACGACGAUGAUGAAAAGAUAGGUCGGACUAUAGAGGAAUGUCGAAGGAUAGUUUCGCAGAAAUAUUUUCCGAAAAAAGACAACGAAUUUUUCGCCGAGGAUGGUUUCAUGCUAAAGAGUUUUGAAGAAAUUGAAAGAGCGAGGGCUAAUGGAGAACCACUGCAUUGUAAAAAUGAUGCGGUUGAAAAUAGAAAUGAUUCUGAAAAUGCGAAAUUUGACGAAAGAUCAGAACGAUGCGCAUCAGCUGAGAAAGAAAAUCUAUCAUUAGACCUGAAUGAAGACAAUGACGCAGAUAAUGAGAAGAAAAACAGUGAAGAUAGCUCACCGAGGGAAGUGGCCCCGAAUGGUAAUAACUCCAAGUUCAAGUACAAAAAUGUGGAGACCAAAGCGAUGAAGAAAAACAGGAAGAAGCAGCAGCAGAAAAGUCAACGUGCACGGCUGAUGAGUCAUUCGAGUGACGAUGAUCAGACGAGAGUGAAUACAUACAAAAAUGUGGAGAUAUCGAAGGCGGGAGACAAAAGCGCACAAGAGAAUGGACAACAGAAAAAUGCGAAACGAAACGGAUCCUACGACAGUGCUUCCACUAGUCCAGCCCAGAGUCCCCGAGAGGGCGAGGAGGAGACGAUAGGCGGAGGGAAAGAGAGGGGCAGCAGGAGAGGAGCAAUGUCGGGGGACGAUGAGGACUACUACACGCACACUUACAGCUCAGCCAGACCCAUCAUCAAGAGAGCAUGCCGUAGUUGUGCGGAGGGAGAGGACAGUGAGACUGAGAACUCGCUGAGGAAGAGUGUCUCUUUCUGUGAGGAUGUGGACGUAGUCAACAUUAAGACGACCACCACAAAAGCAGCCAGGAAGUCUGCCAAAAAAACGAAAAAGAAGCAGAAACGAAGGCCAGCUUCAGCGGAUGAAUCAGAAGAAGAAAAGGAGGAAGGCCAAGGUCAAGUGGAGGUCAAGGAACAGGCCACGUGGAACAAAAUACCACUAUCAACUGUGCCCCUAACAUUCGACCUAGACUAGAGAUGGGUGAAGCAAUCAGUCAAGUAGAGAAGCUAUUGAUAGGAAAAAAUGGAAAACAAAGUGCUGAUCUAACUCAGUAUUCCUUCAAACUCGCUAGAAUCAAACUCACAAUGUUAAACUCAUUCAAUAGUGAUAUAUCACAAAAUAUAUCAGGGAGUAGUUGUAUCUCAGCCUCAUACGUCGUCGUAGCCAAUUGUUUAUUCAGCUUUAGUAGCUUUUGGCCCAUUAUAGUUGAUAGAUUGCUUUUAUGUAGAUGAUUUAGUACCUUACUAUCUUCCCUCUGUUCCAAAAUUGUCACCAAUAUCUGCAUAAGAAACAUUUGUCGUCCAUAACCAGUGCUUCAGAAACUAUUUUGAAUUAGUCCAGACAAAAUGAACGGACGCUAUGCUUCAAACAUCCAAAGUUGUGAAACUAUUGCAAUUAUGUUAAUAAAAGAAGGAAGUUCCGACGAACUUUGGAUCUUUGAAACAUGAAAAAGUUAUGGAGCUCGAUUCCUUUUGUUUGUACAGCGUGAUCAUACUAUUUUUCGUCUUGCGCAGCCAGUUUACUGCUUUUAAAAUUUUUAGCCUUGUACAUAAUUUGGGAACGUUUUUUGGGAACCAAGCGCAGGAUGUCAGUUAAACUGUCUGCUGUGUGUUGUAUCCAGAAUUCUGACAUCGCUAAUUCAAAACGCUCAACCGCUGAUGCAGAUGCUGCUAAAAUAAAAAUAUUUGUUUUGAAUGACAUCAUUAUCAUGUCUUGAGAAUUUUCUGAUAAAAUUUUACGUUGCGAAUUGAAACCCCUAAUAUCGAGUCGUGCGGCAGGGACGGUGCUUGUCUAAUUGGCGGUGUCAGGAUCUUCGUUGUGUCCAUUUGUAAAUAUGUCUCCCUUCUCGCAUAACUGUCGCUGUAGGCAGAAAAUGUGAGAGCCGUGAUGAAAAUAUGCUAAGCCUUGUUCAAAUACACUGCAAAGAAAUAUAAAUGCUGUAACAUAUAAAAAAAGGUUCUAAACUGU